CAAUGUUAUAAGAAGCACCGUUUGCCGUCAAUUUCUAUUCAAUUCAGACUGAAAAUGGAUCUAGACACAUCCAGCUUAGUCGUGACUUUGGUUCAUAUCAUUUUAUUGCCGAUUGCAUCGAUUCAUUCAAGAAAUUCGGCGCCAACAGAAUUGUGUGGACUAAAAACAGAUCAACUCGUUGAAUAUUAUGGAUAUGAAGCCGAAACACAUAAAGUUACCACCGAAGAUGGAUAUAUUUUAACGAUAUUUCGUUGUAAUUCAAAAAAUUUGACAUCAAACGCAAAGAAGUCAGUUAUUUUGAAUCACGGUUUGCUGUUAUCCAGCGAUGAUUUUUGCAUAGAUACUCCGAAACAUGCACUAGCAUAUAUACUAGCCGAUGCCAAUUAUGACGUAUGGUUAGUUAAUGGCAGGGGAAAUGUUUACUCCAGAAAUCAUAUAUCAAAAGAUCCGAAUGAAUUGUUUAGUGCUUUUUGGGAUUUUUCGUGGUAUGAGAUUGGUGUGUAUGAUUUACCUGCCGUAAUUGAUUACAUUCUCCAAAAUACAAAUAAUUCAAAAACAUAUUAUGUGGGUUACUCACAGGGAACUACCUCGGCACUUGUACUACUAUCCAAACGGCCAGAAUAUAAUGAAAAAAUAUAUGCUGCAAGUCUCAUGGCCCCAGCUGCUUAUCAGAGCAACGACGGUGAAAUUUAUCAAAUUGCAGCAAGUAUUGCAUCAAAAAUCGCACCCAUUCUAAAUGCAAUAAGAAGCAAUGAAUUUUUGCCAAGAAGCUAUUUGCUGACAGAACUAAUCAACACAGUUUGCGGCAUAGAUUUAAAAUUGUGCAAUAUUAUAAUCGAUAUAAUAUGUGGGCCAAGCAUAAAUCAAAGAAAUAAUACAAUGCUGCCCGUGUUCCUUUGCAAAUUGCCAAGUGGGGUCUCACUCAAGCAGUUUAUACAUUAUGGUCAAGAGAUUCAUUACGGUUUCUUUGGAAAGUAUAUGGACAAUUUUAAAAUACCAGAUGAUUUCCCACUGUCACAGAUUACGAUACCGAUGAGCAUACAUUAUAGUGUUGUAGAUCAGCUGGCAGCUGCACCAGAUGUGGAGAAACUAAUAACAAAAUUAAAAAAUAGCAAACUUUUCAUACAACGAAUAAACAAAGCAUUUAAUCAUGUUGACUUUGUUUGGUCAAUGAACGCAGCAUCAUUGAUUUAUUCGAAGAUAUUGACCUUUUUCGAAAAUUAUCAAUAAAAAAUAAACGAAUGGAACGGAGUAGUAAA